UGAGCGUCGUGCUGCCGUUAGCAACAGCAGAGGCUGGAGCGGGAAGGAUAUAACUGCCGCACUAAUCUGUUGAUGACAACACUAAACUAUUGUUUACUCGGUUCACAGGGGAGCUGGAAAAGAUGUCGUAUUUUAUAACGAUGUGAAACAAAAUGUUUUAUCGUUUUGACCCCUUGAGAAACGGAAAAGGAAGCUCUGUCGGACAUUAAGUUGUCUGUUUGCUAGCCACGGUCUGUACAUUUACACUAGCUGCUCGAUUUUUUUAAGAAGUUGCAACAAGGCUGAGACAUCAACAGGUGGAGUUUACAUCGGCGAUAGUCGCUAUCAAUGGCCUCAAAAGCAGGUUGGCAGCAUCCUUAUGUCAACAUAUUCAAACAUGUCAGAGUUGAAGAGUGGAAAAAGUCGGCGAAAGAGGGAGAUGUAUCAACAUGCACGAACAAGACACUCAAGUGUACAGUGUUCCAGAUCAGAGGUCCUGUUCCUGCCAACAGCUACAUCAUGAUACCCAAAAACAGCAACCAGUCUCUGGGGCUGACAGGGCGCUACUUCUACCUUCUCUUCAGGCCCACCCCUGGCAGAUACUUUGUGGUCCACCUGGAUGUGUCCGCAGAGGAGGGCCAGGUUGUCCGUCUCUCCUUUUCCAACAUGUUUAAAGAGUUCAAGUCCACACCCACCUCGCUUCAGUUUCCUUUCCUGUGUGGAGCUGCAAAGGAUUCAGUCUAUGAAAGCACGGCCAAAUCUGCAAGACAUGGUUUUGUGGGUCCAGCUCCCACUUCAGUGCGUUGGACCUGUCUGAUGCUGGAUCUGCAGUACACACUCUCUGUCUACGUCAACCGUUGCUACAGUCACCUGAAAAGCAUCAAGCUUUGUGCUAACAUGUCGGUGAAAAACAUGUUUACCAGUGAUCUGCUGCUCGAUCCAGGAGUUUCCUUCAGUGAAGCCAAGCUGAUGGGUUUGACCUCUUCUCAGGGAACAGGUCCUAUGCCCAGAGACAUGUCAUUUCCUGUGCCCAAGGGAGGCUCUUGGCAUGACCUCUAUGAUUACAUCAGGUUUCCCUCAGAGGGAACAAAAUUACCCUUUGACUCCAUUCAAAAAGGCAAUCCUAAACCUGAAGCUACAUGCGUCUCCAACCAAAGACGCCCUGUUAGAGAGGAGCCUUGCUGUGUCAACCUGAGCAAACCAGUUCAGGACCGUGUGUCCCUCAUCCAGCAGAUAACCACUCCAAAAUCACUCCAGAGGAAUCGAACCCCCUUGGUGACCAACAUACCUGAGCUGGGUGUAGUUUCCACUCACCAGAAGGAUGACUGGCUUCGCUCAAAUAAUGACCAGCAUCAGCAGGAGUCAUCACGCUCCAAUUCACACCAUCUUAGAUCCAGGCCACCAUGUGAUACUGAUGGCAGGGGAGUUCACGUUUACGUGCAUCCUGAGGAUGUCUUCAGCAAAUAUAGGGAGGAAAGUGAAGAAGAGUUUGUUUGCACUCCUGUGCCACAUCCUAUCCAUCUAUCAUCAUCCAAAGAAACCAGAGAACGGAAGCUGCUUCCAGACCCGAUUCUCAGGCUCAAUCAAAUCAUUGGCUUUGGAGGAGCCACUACUAGAUGUGCCCUGUGGACCAAAUCGGGUGAUGCUGUGGUAUAUCCAUGUCAUGCAAUCAUCAUCUCUAUGAAGAUAUCCUCUAAUCAGCAGAGAUUCUUCAUCGGUCACACUGAUAAGGUGUCUGCACUGGCUUUUAAUGGAAACACCACAGUGCUGGCCUCAGCACAAACUGGUAACCACAGUGUAGUUCGAGUCUGGAACUAUCCCAAAGGAAGCUGUCUGGCCAUGUUUAGGAUUCAUGCGCAUUCAUUAUCCUCUCUUAGCUUCUCGUAUGCCGGUGGUAUUCUCUGUGGAGUGGGUAAAGACAACCACAUCAAAACAAUGGUGGUGGUUUGGAACACUCUGAACAUUAGUAAAGGCGGAGAGGUGACCAUCUUAGCCAAAGCACACACAGAUGUGGACAUCCACACCAUGAAGGUUGCCUUUUUUGAUGAUACAAGGAUGGUUUCAUGCGGUCGGGAUAACAUUCGCCUGUGGCGAAUGCGAAAUGGGACGCUGCGCUCCUGCCCAGUCAACCUGGGUGAAUACCACUCAAUGGACUUCACAGACGUUGCCUUUGAGGAGGGAAACUCUUCCAACCAAUAUGUUGAUGAUCGAACACUAUUUGCCAGCAGUCGCAGUGGCCAUAUCUUUGAGAUUGACUACAGCAGAGUUGUCAUCAGAAAUGUCAGAAGGCUGAUGCCUGCACAGCAGCAGCAUGCAAACCGCAGGGAAAAAUGGACUUUUAACACAGGUCCAAGCAUUGCGAUCAACAGCAUCAGUGUGUCCUCAUCAUUCUGUGCCACAGGCUCUGAAGAUGGCUUCCUGCGGCUCUGGCCCCUUGAUUUUUCUGCAGUCUUCCUGGAGGCUGAACAUGAGGGACCUGUGAGCCUAGUGUCAGUCUCAUCAGACAGCCUUCAAGUCCUGGCAGGCACCUCUAAUGGUAACCUGGGUUUCCUUGAUGUGAGCAGCCGUGGUUACAACACGCUGAUGAGAUCACAUACAGACACCGUGCUCGGCUUCAGUGUGGACGGUAUCCGUCGCCAUCUCACAACAGCCUCCUCCGAUGGCACAGUGCGCAUUUGGAAUAUGGAUUCCUUGCAUCAGUUGUAUGAUUUUGUGUCAGACGACAACCCAUGCUCCGUGGCCUUCCAUCCCAGAGAGCAGGUCUUCUCUUGUGGCUUCAGCUCCGGCAUUGUCAGGGUCUUUGACAUCCCCAGUGCCAAGCUAAUGGCUGAACACAAACAGCACAGAGGUGAAGUCGUGGGUCUUGCCUUCUCCCCGGAUGGGGAGUUCAUGUACAGUGCUGACUCCCAUGGCUCUCUGACACUUUACAACGCCUCUGAGGAAGACCACAAUGUGAUCAGAGUUGUGUGUAAUGUCGUGGCUCGGGGCACUGAGCGUGCUCCAGACGCCCUUGCAGUGAGCAGUGACAGCCGCUGUCUGGCUUUUGUCGGUCCCACAGAGUACAUUGUCACCAUCGCUGACUCACACUCUCUGGAUGAGUUGCUUCAUGUAGAUGUGAGUAUUUUGGAUGUAGAGAGCCCUCGUCUUGAUUCUGCACUGAAGGUCUGCUUCCCUCCGGCCUCCACUGAGCACUUGUUGGUCACUACAUCAGCUAACAAGAUACUCUGGGUCAGCACUAGCACAGGCCGUCUUCUCCGUGAGGUAUCUAAAGUGCACAAACACCAGUGCUCGUCUCUGGCUGUGAGUGAGGACAGUCGAUUCCUGCUGACAGCAGGACACAAUGCUGUGAAAGUGUGGGAUUAUAACAUGCAGCUCGACAUUAACUCACAGAUGUUUAUAGGCCACAGUCAGCCCAUCCGCCAGGUGAGCUUUACCCCUGACCAGCUGGGUGUGAUCUCAGUGGGAGACGCCAUAUUCCUUUGGGAUUUUCUGGCACACCCUGUUGACUCUUUGUCUGAGAGCAGAUCACCUCUCAGAUUAAGCUACAUCUCGGCUCCUAAAUCAGUUCAACCAGAAGUAAGUGGAGUCCAGCUGUCCAACGGGAUGCCACGACAGACGGCACCCCUCCCCUCCUCAUCGCCACCACGUCUGGACGUCAGCACCCUUGACCAAGGUGACCAAGGGGCUUUGAGCUCAUUGUCUCUUUGUCAUGAUGACACGACGACUAUCCAAACCGUUCCACUCCGAGCCACUGGCUCAGCUCCUUCCUCUGACUCCAGACCUGCCAUCUCAUUCCUCAAAGUAACAGAGCUGGACAACAUAUCUCCCAUGAAUACCAGUCAUAUGGACGCUGUUGUGGUGAAUGCAAGGAAGCCAGUACGUCCUGAUUGUUACAGACACUUUAUCCCACGUUUCAAAACCUCCUCUCUUGAUCAGGGUGCUGUGGCUCCCCAACCAGGAGAAGAGGGCAUAAAGCUGAAAGCAGUUAUUGGUUAUAACGGCAAUGGCCGUAGCAACAUGGUGUGGAGCCCUGACCAAGGUUUGUUUGCAUACUCAUGUGGCUGUGUGGUGGUGGUGGAGUACCUUCAUACGGGAAGUCAGAGACACUUGCAGGGCCACAGCGAGGAGAUCUCUUGUCUUGCAGUCACAAAUGAUGCACAGACUGUAGCAUCAGCAGCUGGUGGCAGUCACGGCAACAGGAGCCUUAUCUGCAUUUGGGAUGUCCAGAACGGAAGUUGUCGCAAUACCAUCUCCUACCACAAGGGGACAGUGCAGAGUCUCACUUUCUCCAGGGAUGACCGCUUCUUUCUCUCUGUCGGAGACUUUUCUGACCCAGAGGUGGUUCUGUGGAGCAGUAAGACCUUCCAAAUACUGUCCAGUGUGAGCUUGUCAGGACCGGUCCAUGAUGUGGCCUUCAGUCCGUCAGCAGCCAGUCAGCUGGCUUGUGUGGGAAGCCAAGGGGCUUACUUCUGCCUUAUCCACACACACGGCUCUGAUGUAGACCUCAAGGUCCAGAGGGUGAAUACACCAGCAGAGGUGGGUGAUGUGGAGCUGACGGCUUUGUGCUACCACAUGGAGUCCUUGCUGUUCACCGCCACCAAUCGAGGACAUGUUUGCGUCUGGGACGUCAACACACAGUGCUGCUUGAUGACCUGGGAAGCCGAUGAGGGCGAGAUCGGAGUGUUGCUGUGUCGAGGGAACCGUCUGUUGACAGGCAGCAACACCCGCUGGUUGCGACUGUGGGCAGUCGAAGCUGUGCGGGGUGUGAUGCCUCAAGAAAAGGUCUGCGAUAUGAAAGACAGUGGGACCGUGGUGGUGCUGGAGCAGGAGAUAAUGCUGGAUGGGACGACGGUCAGUGCAGCAUUUGAUAGCACAAUGGACAUGGGCAUCGUUGGCACGACGGCAGGAACCCUGUGGUACAUCAACUGGUCAGACAACAGCAGCACCCGGCUCGUCAGCGGACACAAGACCAAGGUUAACGAUGUGGUGUUCAGCUCUGACGAGAGGCAUUUCGCCACCUGCAGCGAGGAUGGCAGCGUGAGAGUGUGGACAGCCCCUAGCAAUGAAUUGGUGGUGCAGUUCCAGGUGCUCAACCAGGCCUGUGGCUGUGUAUGCUGGAGUCCUUCUUCGAGUAAGGACAGUGCAUGUGUUGCUGCAGGAUACAGCGACGGCACCCUUAGAAUCUUCCGGCUAGCCUCCUCAGAGAUGGAGAUGAAGCUGCAUCCUCAUAACGUGGCGGUCACUGCCAUCCAGUACUCUGCUAAUGGUCAUGUGAUCCUUUCAGCAGGAAAGAAUGGUCUGGUAGCUGUCAGCAGCCCAGUGAAUGGAGCAACUAUCCGUGUCAUCAGGGACCACAAAGGAGCACAGAUUACUACCAUCCAGUGUGUGAAUGAACAGUGUAAAACUUUCGGACUGGAAGGAAACGAGAUGUGGUUGGCUGCCAGUGCUGACAGACGUGUCAGCGUGUGGGCUGCCGAUUGGGUGAAGGACAAGUGUGAUCUUCUAGAUUGGCUGACAUUUCCUGCUCCAGCCUAUUUUGGGGAUGACAGCCCACCUCCCAGCCUUGCUGUCUUCUGCCCUACAAACCCCAGCCUGGUGGUCUAUACUGGCUACGGAGUAGAGAAAGAGCUGUCCUUCUACAGCCUGGUUACAAAGCAGAUAAUCAAAAAGAUUGCACUGCCCCACUGGGCCACAUGCUUUAGCCUCUCCUGUAAGAGUCAACUCAUAGCUGUGGGAUCAAAAGAGCGAGUAUUGAAGUUGAUCAAGUCAACCAGCGGCAGAUUCCAGGACUUUGUGCAGCACAGUGACUCACUGCAGACGUGUCACUUCUCUCCCUCUGGGACUCUUCUUUUCACUGUAGCUUUUAAUGAGAUACUGUUGUGGGAGGUGCAGGGCCUCUGAGGGCCUCUGGCCUGUUUUUUUUUUAACCUCAAACCUCGUGGGUUUAUUCACAAGUGCCUAAUUUAUAUUGUUACUUUAUGUAAUUUUAUCUUUCCAUAGACAUUUUUUUAAUCAGUUACAUAUUUCUUGGGAAAUAGUUAUAGUUCGUGGAGAAGCUUUGUGUAAGAUUUGCCACUCUAAAGUUUGGAGUGUUUUAUGCGUAGGGUUUUAAAAUAUAGACGUUUUAACAUGUUGAACAAUUGUUUUUAAUGUUCAUUCACUUCUAUUGUUCGACUAUUUAUUUUAGUUUUUCUUAUUGUGAGUUACAAUGUGUAUGAAUACUGAUGAGUGAUUAAUAAUUGCUGUCAUGUCUACGUUUUUUUUUUUCAGUGGUGAAUAGAAUUAUGGUUUGUGGGCUGCUCUAGGAUGGUGUUUCAAUAAAAAGCAGCUUGUAAAAUUACAAUCUUGAAUUUUCACCAAGUCCAAUAACGCCAGCAUGGUGCUUGCACACAUACAAUACAGAAAGUGCUGCUGCCAAAGAUAUUUGUACUUUUACUUUUCACCAGAAUGAUGAAGCACAGUUUUGCAUGAAUCUCCUCGAGUUUCCAUUUUAGUUAAAGGACACUCCAACAAAAGUUUCUUUCUGUAACAGGGGCUUUGAAUUCAGCCUUCCCAAUCUGAAUGACAGUCUCCCUUAUUACUGGUACAGGGUCACUCUUCUGUCAGGGGUUUUCAUCAGUUUGCCAUUUCAGCAUUCAGAUAUGUAGCAUACACACUGUUGAUACCGCCUCUGUCACCGUUCUGUUAAGAAAACAAUGACACCAGUGAUGCAAACUCAGCUGUUGUGCUAGUAGUUCAGGUAGAACUUCCUGUUUGUGACAUUAUAUAUUUAAAAAAACAACAAAAAAAACAAGUGCAGUUUGUGCUACAUUGAUUAAAAUUUUCAUCCCCUAACCACAAAAAUAGUUCAAUACAGUUCUCAACAUGCAGCACAAGUAUUUCUAUUUUUCUGAGAAUGAUCAAGCAGUUUUAGUAAAUAUCAUGUGAUCCAUCCUGAAGAGGAUGAAAGCAUUCAAUUUAAUACAAGACCAGCUGCAAGUGGAAAACAAGAUUAUCCUGCGGGGAUAUUAAAUCAUGCAAAGAACGGGCAAUUAUUGAACAUUACAGACUUUUGACUGAAAGAGACUAAAACAUGAAGUGGUAAACAAACACUGGGGCUGAGAUAAACACCGGCUGACAUGGAACUACAGUCUGGAGUACUUAAAUUAUCCUCUCCACUUCUCUUGUUGGUGCUGCAUAACAGACAUAACUUCUGCUGUAUGUAAUGGACACAAUAACAGUUUUGAAAAUCACACUUCUCUUCAAGCAAAUGUGAAGAAAAUGUGGAGGUCCAGGUGUUCAAAAUGACCUCAGAUGUUUUAGACAGUACUUUCCCCAAAUGAUUAUUAUCAUUUCGUAGUCAUUAUCCUUUGAAUCAGGUAAAACAAUUGUCUUAGGCUAAAUCAUAGAGUGUGUGAGUUUUACAUCCAUGUGUUCUGUUCAUGUUUGAAACAGGCUCUGUCAGUGCAAUGAGGGCAAUACUGUCUGAAUAAUACAUUUUAAAACUGCGUUGGCCUCCUGGUGCCACGCCAACAAUAUCAGCUAUGAUGUGGCUGCUAUAACCCUUUUGAAUGACACAAAUUACACAAGCACAUUGUUCCAACGAGCUUUGAUGCUUAUAGGGCUACAUCUUAAGGACUGAGACCAAGGACCAUAAAUAAACAGCAUAUUACUGUACAUGUACACAGGGCCAGCCCUCGGCUUUCAGUGGGCAUACACAGACUUUGUUUGUGGCCUCAAAUCUUUUACUUUCUUUGAGGGUUGGCAAGUAACUACAAACAGUAACAUGAUGUGAAAAGUAAAUGAAGUAACUGGAUCCUGCAGGAUCAUUUUGUCCAAUGAAAAUAAACAAACUUUUUUUAUUA